AGUCCCCCCUCAAUUCCCUAAUUGAGUCUUUCCCUUUAAUGCCCAAGUUCUAGGGGAGACAUCUUUAGGCAGAUAUGACACUAUGACAGCAUUUCUAUUUCCAGGUUGGAGGGUUCAGCACAUGAUGUGAUCAACCUCUUGCUGCUGUGAAGCAAGCCAGUUGUGUACCUUGUUUCCUGGCUUCAGGUAGAGUAGUGAGUGUGCCAGUCUUUGAGCUACUGGGGCUGUGUAACAUGCUCUCAAUGUAAGGUAGUUCCAAGAAGGGCAUUCCAGUUCCCUUUAUGUUGAAGAAGUAGUCAGGCUUUGUGACUCAGCUCAAGCCUGCUUUUGGGGCUGGUUGGUUUUGGUGUCUUUAGUAAGGCAUACACACUUUCUAACUUGGUUGAAAAUCUAAUAGAAUGAAAAGGUUUCUUCUAAUCAGAGCAAAUAAUGUGUACUUAAGUGCAAUUAAAUUCUAGACUAACAUAUUCUUGAUAAAAAAAUCUGUCUUCUUUACUGAAGGAAAACAUGAGCCAAUCUUGUAAGGCCAUUGGUCCAUUACAGCCACAUCACUUCAUAGAAUCACAGAAUCAUAGAAGUAGGGUCGGAAGGGACCUUGUAGAUCUUCAAGUCUGACCCCCUGCCUGGGCAGGAGGAAAACUGGACUCAAUUGACCCCAGUUAGGUAGGCAUCAAGCCGCUUCUUAAAGACCCCCAGGCUAGGAGCCAGCACCACUUCCCUUGGAAGCUGGUUCCAGAACUUGUGGACUAUUCAAAGUAUCUCUUUAGUUUCAGUGGCUUGCCUGUCUGAACAUAAGAAAAGCACUCCUGUUUCUCCAGCUUUUAUAUAUUGGAAUCUCUGUUCAUGGGAAACCGAGGAACAAAAAAGCAGAUCAGGAUGCAAUUACAUUGUUACUGAUUUUGCAUAGUGCUUUUCUAUAUUCUGCUUGACAGUAGCUAUUGUUAGUUCUUAAUUUUCAUGACAAUUGAAUUUACACACAAAAUCAACAAAGAAGAAAUUUGCUAAGACUUGUAUACGAUGAUGAAAUCCAAAAGGAAAUGUUUUACUAUGAUUGUCUAGAUCUGAAAGCAUUCUUUACUAUCUUGUACACAGGAGCAUACGUUUUGAAUUGUGAGUAAAGCUUGCUUCAUUGCCCAGACAAUCAGCAUACUUCUCAACACUGGUAACAAACUUGUAGUAAGAGGAGGAGCCUAGCUCAGAGGUAGUGUGGGUGGGACUAAUACAUAUUAAAGUUUUGGCAUGAGAGAAAGAGUUGUCAGAGUUGGAGGUCUAUUUCUAAAAGAUUAAUCCAAGGCUGUGAUUUUUAAAAUUUAAGAUGCUAAGAGUUGAUGUUCAGAUUUUUAUUAUAAUAAUUUUGGGGACCUCUGAUUGCCAGAUAAUUCCCCGGAUUGAAGAAUGUGGACUUGCCUGCUCUCAGGGCAUUCAUUGUAAAAGCAAACCUGCCAGUGAAUCUGAUAUUUUUAACAGUUUCUGCCGAGUUGCUCCAACCACUUCAUCUGCUACUGCACUGAAAAGCAUGAAGCUCUCAACAGUAAUGAAGUGUGUAAAGGGAAGUCAAUGCUUCCUUCAUUUAAAUGUUAAAGGAACACUCAGUCUCAGUGAAAAUAUUCGUGGGCUGGAAAUUUGUUAUCUCUCACUGGACACACAGCAGACCAGUUGCAUGAAUGUGAGGUUUUCUCGCAAAACAAACCAGCAGCCUCUUGGAAGGAAGAUACAAGUACAGUUUAAUUGUUUUGAAGUCAAAGCAGCGCAGCACAUCUAUGUGACUAUGAAAACAAUACCAAAUUACUGUGAAGUAAAGCUGAGUCAGGAAUACUAUGUUGAAGACUGCAGAAACAAUGAUGUGGGAAAACAUAUUCCAUCUUGUUCAGGGAAGUUGGAUUACAGUGUGGACAGGGCAAAGAAAGUCAUAUCUGUGAACAUAUCCCACUUUCCUGGAGACCAAGACUAUUAUGUCCGCUUAUGUCACAAAUGGUUUAUUUGUGAAGACGCAGGGGCAUUGGCUCGGAUAAAAGGGAAGGAGUCUUUGAAAUCUAUUUCUUUGCAGUACUCCCAGUUACUGCCUUGUCUCUGCAUUGAGGGUUGGGAAGCAGUUCCAGAUGCAAGGAGGAUACAACUUUGCCCUUUUAAAAAUGAUACCAAGGCACUAUGGGAUAACAUUAUGUAUAAUUCAGCCACACAAACAUUAGCCUGGGAACAAGCCUGUCCUGUGCAAGUCAGAGUUAGCCUAUGCAGGUUAAUGAAGUCUAAUUACCAAUGUGUGGAUCUCCCAAACUCAUCAUAUACAGUUCCAGAAAAUCACAUAAGAUAUUCUCGUGUGGACAGCCAUCCAGGACUUUGCAUGAAGUUUACCACCAAGCAGGGUUCAUGGAUUAGAUGCCCAUUUGCUCAUGGAAAAUUCCCAGUAUGGAAAAUGAGAAUUGCUGGAAGAGAAGAACAGAUACAGGUCUCUUUCACAUCACAAACCAAGGCACAAUUAUCAGUGUUGGUGUGUAACCAGAUGCAGCUGUCUUCCUGUGAAUCUGUUGGGACACACUAUUCAGUUUCUUUGGGUGGCUCGGAUUCCACAUCUAUCAAUAUUCCGGGUGAAAUAUGCAGCUCAAAGGUUUGCAUUCAGGCCUGGAGGACAGAUGUAGAUUAUUCUGUUCCACUACAGAUCUGUGAUAUCCAGUGUGCAUUAUCUUCACGGAAUCGAGAUGAAGAUGAAAACUCCUUAAAGGUUAUAUCUCUGACAGCAAUAAUUCUAUUACUUGCAACUAUUCUGACUGUUCUUGGACAUAAAUUUUUGACAGUUUUUCAUCAAAGGACACAUGAAGGCAGAAGUCCAGCACAUCUCAUGAAGUGCAGUUCAUCCACUGGAAUGAAGAGCACCCAACCCUGGCACUGAUGUUGGAGUUGAGUGAAUCGAGCAGAACUCUUUCAAGAUCCUUAGCAGCCUUUUCAAUAGCACCUUAAUGGUACCUUAUAAUUGGAAAUCUUUGCUCAAAUAUGUCAUCGUCUCUCAUGCAAAGAAUUCCCAUCACCUUCAGUGGAAUUAUUUCAUAAGUGAAAGGCUUUGCACAUACAGCCAACAAUAUGUUUUUUCUUUAUUUUUUUUUUUUUAACAACUUCAAAUGAAGGAGUAUUAUGCAUUCUCUCUCUUCCAGGGUGUCAAAAAUAGCAAGAUCUGUUGUGGGUAGGAAAUCCAGUUCACAUUUUCUUGUUAAAUGAAUUGUUUCUUUAAUAUGCCAGAAGUGGGCAGCUUUGGUACCUCAAAUGCAUUAGUAUGGGUAUUUUAAGAUUUGCACAUUUCUGAUCCUCCCAUUCAAGCUAUAAGCACAAAUUGCUGGGAAAUAUGGACUGGAGGGGAUUUAUUUUAAACAUUGUUAAAUAUAAUUUAUCUCUACAGAACUGUGCCUUUCUUUAUUUUCUGAAACCUUUCUGAUGUCCUUCUGAUGUCUUUAUUUGGGAAAAUCCUGCCCUGGACAGGCUGAUCUUCCUGAAUUUCAGGAAUCCCAAGUUUCUUUGAUAACCAAAUUCAGUAUUUUGUGUUGUAUUCCUUGGACUUAGAUGUAUCUUUCCUGGUUUCUUUUUCCCACUUUGUCAGAAAAUAAAUUUAGCAGCUUUGUUAAAUAAUUUGAAAGUUAAAGCAACAAUGCACACUUUCUCUCUGGGCUGCUGGAUUCUGCUCCCAUUACAGUCAAUGGGAAAAUCCCAACUGACUUCAGUUAGAGGAGGAUCAGGUCUUUAUUUUUCAGGUAUUUAAAACUCUUACAUGGAAAUACAGUCCUAAAGGAAAGUAUUUUGUUAACGCAGUGAAUUUAAGCGAACUGUUUUUGCUUUGUAUAAUGUUAAUGUUAAUAUUUAUACUUAACAGUUAAGAAUACAACCACAUGCUGUAAAACUA